UUGAUGCGGCUGGUCGUCGCUGCGGCGGAGUUGUGGUGGUGUGCUUUCUGAUCCCUGUGCACUUGCUUUAGCUCGGGGAUGGGGGGGUCCAGACGCUCGUUCUUGUUUGUGAGGAUGUUGAUCUCAGACUUCAGGUUGUUCUGAUGAAGGAGGAGGAAACAACGAAUCAAAUCGUGCAUGAGGAGCUUUAUUCUGCCGCAGACCGCCACAAACCUGAAGCCACCCUGCCAAACCCGGGACCAUGUCUGGAAUCUACGACGAGUAUGUCAGCCAGGAGGAGACCACGGACAGUUUCUGGGAGAUUGGAAACUACAAACGCACAGUGAAGCGGAUUGAUGACGGUCAUCGGCUGUGCAGUGACCUGAUGAGCUGCAUCCAGGAGCGCGCCAAAAUCGAGAAAGCCUACUCACAGCAGCUGACCGAAUGGUCCAAGAGAUGGAGGCAGCUGAUCGACAAAGGGCCUCAGUACGGCACCGUGGAGCGAGCUUGGGUCGCGCUGAUGGCGGAGGCAGAGAAGGUGAGCGAUCUUCACCAUGACAUAAAGAACAACCUGAUGAACGAGGACUUUGAGAAGGUGAAGAACUGGCAGAAAGACGCCUACCACAAACAGAUGAUGGGAGGAUUCAAGGAAACCAAAGAGGCAGAUGAGGCCUUCAAGAAGGCCCAGAAACCCUGGGCCAAAAAGCUGAAAGAGCUCGAAGCUGCCAAAAAGGCGUACCACAUGGCCUGCAAAGAUGAGAAGAUUGCGUCGACCAGAGAGGCCAACAGUAAGGGCGAGUCGUCCGUGUCAGCUGACCAGCAGAAGAAGCUCCAGGAGAAGGCGGAGAAGUGCAAACAGGACUCACAGAGGGCAAAGGAGAGGUAUGAGAAGGCUCUGGAUGAGCUGACUAAGUUCACCCCUCUGUACAAGGAAGGCAUGGAGCAGGCGUUCGAGCAGUGCCAGGAGUUUGAGGAGAAGAGGCUGAGCUUCCACAAGGAGGUGCUGUUGGACGUCAAACACCACCUCAACCUCACAGAGAUCCAAAGUUUUUCUACAGUAUACAAAGAUCUUGAACGCACCAUCAUGUCGGCCAGCCCACAAGAAGAUCUGAAGUGGUUCAACAGCACCCAUGGCCCUGGCAUGAACAUGAACUGGCCACAGUUUGAGGAGUACAACCCAGACCUUACCCAUCACAUCUCUAAGAAGGAGAAGACAAAGAAAGGAAGUGACGGCAUCACACUGACUCAUGUCAUGCCUGCAGUAGAGAACGUUUCAGCUGGAGACAGAGAAAGUGUCAGCAGCUACGAGAAGAACCAGGCGUACACGGCCUCCACGGAGUGGUCGGACGAGGACCAGGCGGGCACCGACACCAAUGGAGGGUCAAACCCCUUUGACGAUGAAGAUGUGCCGGGUGUGAGGGUGAGAGCGCUGUACGACUACGAUGGACAGGAGCAGGACGAGCUCACCUUCAAAGCAGGUGAUGAGCUGACAAAGCUAGAGGAUGAGGAUGAGCAAGGCUGGUGCAAAGGCCGCCUCGACAGCGGCCAGCUGGGCCUUUACCCGGCCAAUUACGUGGAGCCCAUCUAGCAGUUCUACCGAUGAACUCUUCAACCUCGUCAGAGGUCGACCCCCCCUCCCCCCUCCCCAGACUGAUCCGUCCAGUCGUAACUGCACAUUGCCAGAGACUUCAAAGCAAAGCAUCCUCUCCCCCGUCGGGUUCAUCUCAGCACUCAUCAACGAGAAAAACUUUACUGAAACAAGAUCGGUUCAGGAUCGCAUUACCUCCAGAAACUGCAACAGAUGCAAAAAUAUUUUACCUUUUAGUGUGUAGCUGUGUUUGACGCUAACAUGCCAUACAGUAUCUUCUCUCGUCAUAUAUUUGGUAUGGUAUCGUUAGCUGUGCCUACUUGGCGAGAAUGAGCUGUGCAUUUCAUGUAUAUAUUUUAAGUUUUGUCCUGUUUUUUUUUUUUUUUGUUUUGUUUUGUUUUUUACGGCCUGGAUGCGUGUACAGUUUUGUUUCCUCACUAAAGAUACCGUUUUCAUUCUUGGGUUUUUACAUGUUCAGCCUUAACGGAGUUGUUUGACAUUUGGAAAGUACACAUUAAAUUUUAUCCUCGAUUAUCAGAUGAGAAGAUUUAUAUCCAUCUUGUGUCUGUAUGGAAAUAUGAACACUCGCGUCACCGAAGAGCCGUUUUUUAAGCUCGGCGUGUGUGUGUUCUGGUUGUUGCCAUCUUGGCAGCGGUUAUUCAAGUUUAGCCUAAAGCUGGAGCAAGCUGAGUCCAGACAGAGAGCUAGCAAUUUGGGAUGGCAGCCUGUCACUCAACGCAUCACAUGCUGGCCAUGAAACAGUUUAAACAAGUAGGAUGUAUAAACGUUCACCCCCUUCUUCACAGAUGAAGAAAAGCCAACAGAGGCUAAAACUAUCUUUGUACCAGGUUGUAAAUAUAUUUAUUUCUGAUGUAAAGUUUUAACAGUGUAAAAGCGUUUUAACAUUUAUGGGGAUUGACUCUCUUGUAGCCUGGAGGAACUGUAGUUGUGGUUAGCUUAGCUCAGUAUAACACGUGGAAAAGUUUGCUCUUGGAUUUGAAAUUUGAAGAAACAAAAUUAGUUUAUGACAUGGGCAGACGUGCAGCCUGGUUUAAACCUUAAGGAGUUGCAGCACAAACUCAGCCAUAAAACCUCAAUGCGACACAUUGGUUUGUGCAAAUUAAACAGGCUAGAUGUCAAAGAGCUGGACACAAGGACAAGCCAGCUGUCUCUUUGGGUCCUAUUUAUCAUUCAAACAUGAGAGUUGUGGCGAUCUUCUCAUCUAAUUCUCUGCAAGAAUGCAAAGCAGCAUUUCGCCCUCCCAGAUUGCUGAACUACUCCUUUUAACGCAUCAAGUUGCGUUUGUACCCCACUGUGCUCCGCAGCAUGUCACUGAAUUAGCAUUCUGAAACGAGAUAAAAGGCAGAACAGGCACGGUGGCACGGUGCAAGGAUUGUUUACAUUAACCUCAGCUGUCCGGCCUGUUUGCAACAAGGUGCCUGUAGGAGCCGCUCGGUUUCCUCCAUCCCUGCGUUUGACGCCAUGAACAAAACCUGCCUGGAAAUAUAAGCCCGUAGCCGUUUUGUGUCAAGAUUACGUUCGCGCCCAUGGUUUUCAUUUAUUUAUUUGGUUCCACGUGAACGUAAUGAGACUUGUUUGCGCUGAAUGUCAGCUGUUAUCUCUAUGUGCAUGCUGAUGCUCCCACACACUGAUCCACGCAUGCAUUUGAUCCGUUUCCUCCAAAUCCAUUGACUCGCUCUCUAACUAAAACUCCUACUCAGUAUCAAAAAAAAAGCAGGCUAUAGCAAAUAUUUAAAUAUUAGGAGUGCAUUUUGCACUCUGUAUGAGGUUGGUUUGUUACCGCUGGUGGCCACCCAUGCUGGUGAACGCCGCUCCUUUAGCAGGGAGACAGGCAGGUGUUCUCUUACUGAUGCAAACAGAGAAAGCUGCAACAAGAAAAGCAGGAAGAUGAUCCUCAUGUGAAAUAUUGAUGAGGCACCUCUCUUGCUGUGGCGUUUUUAUUUAUUUAUUUUUUUUCUAAGUGUAUCACGAAGUGUUGCUCCUGUUAACACUGGAUGCAGAACAGAAAGGUGAAACCUGCUCUGCCUUUGCAUAAUCCACCACCCUGCCUCUUCAGAGACUCUCAGCCACCAUCUUUGACAAGGCGAGAAGAGAAGACGAAGCUUUCCUCCACAGAUUCUGACUCCAACUCAUCCGGAUCAGUUUACACCGACACGACACGCAGGCCCUCUUUUGACUGACUGGAGAUGAUAUAAGAUUUCAGCAUCUUAACUGUCUUUGGGGACCGUUAACAGGUGCAAUGUAAAAGUGCGGCAUCCACUGUGAAACUCCUGAAGGGCGGGGAAUCGUAUUUAAAAGAGAAAAAAAAGCGCUCCUUUCUUUUCUGUCUCCUGUCUUAUCACUGUAAACUUUUGUCCGACAACAAAACUUUUAAAGAACUUGUCUCCUCUUCUUUCUUUUUCUUCCUACUUUCUUCCUUUCUUUUUCUGCUUAGCAUAGUGUUGUGAUUUCCAAACUGUAGUGCCUGUUCAUCUGCAGAAGCAAAAAUAAAAGAUGUCAUUAGAAGUCUAGGUCAUUUUAAACAUGGACUUGGUUUUAAGGUUGUGUGGCAAACAGCGUUCAUGACGUGGGAGAAGUAAAAGGCAGCGAAAAUAUUAUAAGAGGCAAUAAUGUGAUGGAUAAACAGCCCCUUCGUGUAAUAAUGUGUUAUAUUUUACUGUUGUAGUUUAUCGUUCAGUGAAUUUUAUUUCGUACACAGUAGGAAAAUAAAGUAGCAUUUGAACAACUCA